CACUAAAGACUAGACACUUUGAUGGCAACUGUUUUUUUCGUGAUCUUCAUAUACCUAUUCUCUGCAGCAAAAUCACAAUCCAACAUAACAAAAGGCUCCACUCUGUUCACCAAUUCCACUCCAAACUUCUGGCCUUCUCCUUCUGGUCAUUUUGCGUUCGGAUUUUAUCCUAGUGGCAAUGGCUUCAAGGUGGGCACUUGGCUCAUUGGAAGGCCAAGAAACACAGUUGUGUGGACCGCACAGCGAAAUGAACCUGCAGUCUUACCAGGGGCAAGCCUUGUUUUCACCUCAGAUGGUAGGCUUGUUGUACAGAACUUUACCGAAGUUCAAUUGAUAGCCGAAACCCAGCAAAGGGCACAAGUUGCUGCAAUGCAUGAUUCAGGAAACCUUUUGCUUUAUGGCUCCAACAUGGAAGUUGUAUGGGCUACUUUCCGAUUUCCUACCAACACACUUUUGGUAACACAAGAACUGGGUCCUGACAAGAUUCUAUAUUCAAGCAAAUCUGAUGCUGAUGAUUCUGCCGGAAAUUUUAAGCUAUGGAUGCAAGGAGAUGGAAAUCUCGUUGCUUAUCCAUCAAAAGGUUUGCAAAUGGUUAAAUAUUUUUAUUGGUCAUCACACUCUACAAACAUAGCACCGGACGUAUCUUUAACUUUCGCAGCAGAUAGCAGAUUGUAUCUUGCGAGCUCAACAGGGUUUACCAUCAGGAAUUUGACAGAAGGUAGACUUCCAGUCAAUAAGACCACAUUGUAUCGAGCAACAUUUGAUGUUGAUGGCGUUUUAAGGCUUUACCAACAUCAAAUGGGAACUAAUGGAAGCUUGAAUUCCAAUGUCUUAUGGUCAGCAAUAAAUGGAGAAGAUCGUUGCUCGGUGAAAGGCGUUUGUGGGCUUAACAGCUAUUGUGCUAAUAAUGGCGCAGACAAUAUUGCCUGCUUAUGUCCUCCUGGUUUCGAUUUUGUUGAUCCCAACCAGCCCAAUAAGGGCUGCAAGUUAAAUUUCAGCAUAGAUAGUGAUUGUUUUCUAAAAGGAGCUAAUGACAAUUACAUGAUUUCCACGCUAGAAAACACUGUCUGGGAACGAGACGAGUACGAAGUUUUGACGCCUGUGAGUGAAGAAGCAUGUUCAAAAGCUUGCCUGGAAGAUUGCUAUUGUGUGGUGGCCAUGUUUAGGGACCAAACCUGCUUUAAGCCAAAGCUUCCAUUGAGGUAUGGAAUGAAAAAUAGCAGUAGUCCUACUAAGUCAUUUGUUAAGGUUAGGUUAACCAAUACAAAAAACGUCAUCACAAAGAAGAUUGGCAAGGAACUUCUAAUUACUGGAGUGGUUUUGAUUGCCUUUUCUUUAGUGAUAUUUGCAUCAUCUGGUUAUCUUAUAUACACACAUCAGAUUUGGAGCUUGAAGGUGAUGACAAGCCAAGAUUGUCCACCGGAUGUCCUUGGAGAUAUCAAUUUGACGUCAUUUAGCUAUGAUCAACUUGCGGUAGCUACCGAUGACUUCAUGGAAGAGAUUGGUAAAGGGGCGUCAGGGAGGGUCUAUAAAGGCUCACUGCCAGAGAAUGGUGGGAAAGAAAUAGCAGUGAAGAGGCUAGAGAAGUUGGUGGAAGACGGAGAACGGGAGUUCCAAAAUGAAAUGAAGAUAAUUGGGCGAACUCAUCACAAGAACUUGGUGCGUUUGAUUGGCUUUUGCUGCGAAGGAUCACAUAGGAUACUUGUGUAUGAGCUCAUGAAAAAUGGUUCAUUAGGGAACCUAAUCUUCAAGGACAAGAAACAACCAAGUUGGAAAGUAAGAACCAAGAUUACUCUAGAGGUAGCAAAAGGGCUUCAUUAUCUACACGAAGAAUGCGAGACCAAGAUCAUCCAUUGUGACAUUAAGCCCCAUAAUGUACUCAUGGAUGAAUCUAUGUCCGCAAAAAUAUCAGAUUUUGGACUGUCCAAGCUCUUAAAACCUGACCAAACAAGAACAUACACGAUUCCAAGAGGCACAAGAGGCUAUGAAGCUCCUGAGUGGCACAGAAACAACACACCUGUCACAACCAAAGCUGAUGUCUAUAGCUUUGGUAUCUUAUUGCUUGAGAUUGUGUCUUGUAGGAAGAACGUGGACUUGUCAGCUCCGGAUGAUGAAAUAAUACUAAUGGACUGGGUUCAGAGGUGCUAUGAAGCUGGCGAGCUAAAGAAAGUGGUCGGUGAAGUAGAGGUGAACUUGGAAGAAUUGGAGAAAAUGGUUAAGAUCGGAUUGUGGUGUGUGCAAACAGAGACAGAUUCAAGGCCAACAAUGAAGCAAGUGAUUUUGAUGAUGGAUGGGACUAUAGUUACACCACCUCCUCCUUCACCAAAUUCUUCUGCUAAUAAUUGAAUUGCAGAUUAUGUAAUUUAUUGGAUCAAAUGUAGUGUGGCUGCCAUGAAAUUAAGUUGCAUUUUAUCAAGGUUCUAGUUCAAUAAUACU